AUAACAGCUAAGAAUCUCAAUGAGAAGGAUCCAACAAGGAAUUUAGUGUUGAACAAUGGAUUAAAGUCUAGCGAACUGGAUGAUAAUUGGACGCGAAGGAACAUCUUUGGGAUGAACAACAGCAAUCAAUGGAAACAUGUUAGCCUGUUAAACUCCUUCAUAAUGGAGCCACCCCAGCAUGUAUCUUCCAGUGUGUGGGCUAUGAAAUUAUUGGAGUCAGAAACAACUCCUACAAUGAACCCACAGCUGCUUCUCAAAGCGAGGCUCUUUAGACGUUGGCAUCAAAGAGCGCGUUUACAGAGACUUGAUAGAAUUGAAUAUGAAAAUAAGAUGAACAAGGCUGUUGAAUUUUGGCGUAACAGUACCAUCCAGAAACAUUUCUCUGCCUGGAAAAGGAACAAAAUGRACCAGAUGUCCAAGGCAGAUAAGAUUUAUCAACGGCAUAUGUUAGAGACAGGUCUUAAGGGCCUUAAGUUCGCAGUGCAGGUCAGUAGUCAUGCCUCUAGUGAUGUUAGAAAGAGAAUGAACAGCAAAGUCUUGGCAAAAUUUUGGCUGAAGUGGCAAAGUCAGUUGGCAAAAAAGAAGUCUGAGAAUCUUCGUACAGCAUUCAAUAGAUGGCGAGUGUUUCAUCUAGCAGGCAAUAGGGAUAAGAUUCUCGAAGGAAUUGCCGACAAACACUUCAUGACCAAGAGUUAUAUAAAGUGGAAGAUGAGAUAUUCUGUUGAACAGAACAAYAGCAUAGCAAAGUUGAACUUCCAGAUAACAGUAAUAACCAAGUGUUGGCAUUCAUGGAGAAUCUAUGCUGCUCAAAGAAUUGUCAAAACAAGGACUAAUGAAGUUGCAAGAAUACAUCAUGAGAAUUAUCUUCAAGCACACAUGUUUAAAGUAUGGUUAGAGAAACGCAAGAGAUGCUCAGUUGCCAGCAAUCUUUUAAAGAGAAGAAUUAUAGUCAAAGCAUUUUAYUCAUGGAGAAACUGGACUCAAUAUGCAAAAGUCAUUCACCAGAGAUUCCAAAGUAUGUGUAAAGAGUACUAUAACAGAGCUCUCUUAAAACAAAGCUUUGUGAARUGGAAACAGAAGCUAAUGUUACAGCAAGCUGUUUCCUAUCAUAGCAAGCUAUUGCAAAAGAGAGUCUAUCGUCUUUGGUUUUUAAGAUAUAAAAGAAAUGUUAUUCAUAGACAUCUUUGUAAAGCAAUGGCGAAGAAGGGUAAAAAGCGUCGUUUUUUCAAGAAAUGGUUAAAUGCUACUGACUCUCAGCGUGAAAAAAGAGAAAUCUUUAUUGGGAUUAUCCACAAGUUAUUAUUAUCAAAAAUGAUGAUGCAAUGGAAAAGUCACACAAAUGUGAACAUUUCUCUUAAASAGCGGUUUGAAUUCCUAAUGCGCAAGAAAGAUGUCAAGAGAACAAGAAUCAGUAUGGAGAAAUGGUUGUUUGCAAUGAAGGUGGCUAACUUCAAGAAACAGGCCAAGAUAAACUGGACAAACCGUUGUGUCAAAAAUGCAUGCGUCGAAUGGAAACUUCUUGUGAAGAGAAAAGCCUUAGAAAAAACCUUGAUUGAAACCAGGCCAGCAAGAGAUCUUUGGCUAAUGAGAGGUUUCAUACGAGAAAUUCGACAUGAUAGRCUCAAGGAACGUGCURAAAAGCUUMAAAUCUUGUCCUUGUAUUUCAAAAAAUGGACAGAGAGUUAUGAAAUUCAAGUUGAAGCUAAAGAAAAAGCAAGAGGAUUGCAGGCACGUAAAGUGUUACUUGUACGCUGGGUGUUCAAAUAUUGGCAGCGAGCAGCAGAGUCUAAAAGAGAGCAUCUUCUCUCUAUUGAGGAGCAAGUUAAAUYGAAGCUUAGACAUCUAAAGCUAAGAAGGUGCAUGAAUGUGUGGUUGAGAUGGUACACAGUUGCUGAUAUUGUAAGAACUCACCAAGUAACACGCCAACAGCAACUCAUGCAUAAAGUCUUUCUUGCCUGGUCAGGUGUUAUCAAAGAAGAGCUGAACGCCCAACUCAACCGCUUUAGCAACAAUCUUGCACUYGACUGUUCCAUUGGGUCAGCUUCAGCAUCACAGCUUUUUCGAUCUGGAACACUUGAUUCCAAUGGGGGAUCAUUCCUCCGUUCAACACUGGACUCCACCUUAGGCUCGCAAAUGAGGUCAACUAUGGAGUCUUCAUUGUCAGACUAUUUGUCUUCUGGAUAUUGGACAACACGCAGRGGUUCUGGAAGUGUGUUUCCAGUGCGAAGUCCCGGUGUUAGUCAAAGGGAUGAUGAUGUAAGUGCUCUUACAGUGACAGAGAAGCACAAAGCCAUUGGAGAGAAGAUCCAGUCACAACACAGUCAAAGAGACUUACGUCAAAGAUUUCAUUAUUGGGUUCUUAUGACACGCAAGAGCCAAGAGGCACGGCAGUUUUAUCUUGAACGAUUGCUUCCCAGAACUUUCAUAGCUUGGCAUCAGUAUUCCUGCACACAUUCUAAUAACUGUAAGAAGAGUGCAUGGUUCAAGGACCAGAGAGUGUUAAACAUGGCAUUCAGAGAAUGGAAAAAAAGAUUUGAAGAUCAACAUAAAGCGCAUGAAUUCAUUGAGACUAGGGAAAUUGAGUUAUCCAUUGAAAUACUGAAGACUUGGCAUGAAUGGGCUACAGGUGUGUGUGCGAGACGAAGGCAGUGGCGUAGCUACCACAAAUCCUUACAACUCAAGACAAUGAAAACCAUCUUUGGUGCAUGGCUUGGUCAAGUUCAGCGACGAGAAUCAGCAGAAAAGAUGUACAAGCACUCAUUGAUGAGGAGUGUCUUGCUGUCUUGGAAAGAGGUUUGCCAUACAGCCAAGAAAAACAAAGAUAAAGCGACCACUUUGAAGAAUACAUGUGCAAGCUUACUACUGAAACAAAGCUUCAGCUUUUGGCAUAAAUUGUUUGUGCACUCCCAACUUGCCACCAACCAUGCUCAACAACAAGACAAUGCUUUGGUAAAGGAGUGCUUCAAAGAUUGGAGAGAGUUCACUCAAACAACAAAGGCAGAAAAACAUCACAUGAAGUGCAUACUUAAAAAGGUAUAUUACCAGUGGUACGACAAAUGCCAUGCAAGAAAGAAGGCAAGGCAGCUAAUAAGAUCAUGGAAAAACAUAGCUGAAGAUUCAAAGGCAUUAAACAGCAAAGCCAUGGAAGUCUGCCAACUGACUGACAAAAAGAACCUUCGCCAAGCAUUCGUGAACUGGAUGCAGGCAACUCAUAAGAUUCAGAAAGCCAAGCAUCAUUAUGCUGUCACUACGUGUAGAAGUUCUCUAAAUGCCUGGUACAGCUAUGCACACACCAAAGUUUUAUGCAGAAAAAUCCUUACUCAAGUGGAGGCAGCCAAGAACAAAGCACUGUUAAUGGAGUCGUUUUCCACAUGGAAAAACAGCUUUGAACGUCAGGUUCUUAUCCAAGAAAUCUUAGAUGAUCAUCUUCAUGCAAAACAAGAACAGCAUUUACGGUUUUGUAUGGUGAAAUGGAGGAAGUAUACUCUGAAGUGCAGAUCACAGAAGCAUCACGAUGAAAGACUUGUUCUUAAGACUUUUAAUAAGUGGAGGCUUCGUCAUUCUCAAAAGAAAGGUCUGCAGAAAGUAAUGGAGAAAGUUUUCUACAGACGCAUACGUCAGACAGCCAUGCACUGGAAGCAGUGGACCAUCAAAACCAAACRACAACAAGCUCAAGCUGAUGAGUUCCAAGUCAGUGUUGGUGAUAGCCUAAUGAAGUCGUCUUUUGCAUAUUGGGUGACAACCACCAAGAAGAGCAGAAGAGCGAAACUUCACCAUGAAAGAAAUCUCAAGAAACGGAUCUUGGAAGUGUGGAAGGUGGUGAUCAGAGAUAAGAUCAAAGUGAGGAAGAAAAUUGAGAAAUUUCAGAUGGAAGUAACGGGACAGAAGAAAGCAACCUCUCUUCCUGGACCUAAUUUUCAGGUUGMRCWGAUGUUCAAGAAAUGGCAAGCUGCAUACAAUCAGUCUCAGAAGCACAACCAGCUAGUGCAYAAUCAAUUGCAGACGCACAAUGCCUUAAUGCUGCAAGGUUGUCUGAAUCAAUGGAAAAAAUUCCUUCGUAAUUGUCAGGCUGCUAAGCAUUACAAUAUAAUGCUCAAAGCAAGGUUUUUCUUGGAAUGGAGGAUAAAAUUUGAAGAAAGAUUAGCAGUCGUCUUUGUUUCCGUUCCUGGUACCUUGAUGUCCGUGUAGAGAAACAUCUUGAGAUGAAACAACAGCUUCUUGUAGAGAAGCAUUUUCGACUUUGGMARAAGAAAGCCARCCUUAAAUCUAUAGCAUCAGUGUUGGGUGACCAACAAAUGUAUGCCAAGUAUUGGUCCAAGUGGAGAAACCAGCUGGUUCGCAAGCGAGUUGCCGAAUUGAUGAUGAAACAUGAAGAAAAGAAACUGCUGUCUGAGGUGUUUGGUGCUUGGUAUAAGAUGACCAUGAUACAGAGAAGACUUCUUGGCGAGUGGAACCUUGCUCUGACUGAAAAGUGGUUCAGACGAUGGAUGCAAAAGUACAAUGAAUCAUAGUUACAAAGUCUUGUCAUGAGAAGACUUGGCCUGGUUCGCAUGACAUUAGAAUUUUAAUCAUUAAAAUUAGAAUUUUAAUCAUUAAAAUGAUUAUUAACAUAUAGAGAUUAUAGCAAUGUUACUAGUGUGAACUGGGUUGCAGGAUGACAUAAGUUGUGUACAAAGUGUAUAUUAUUAUAAAUGGAAUUGUAUAAUUUCAUUUUUAUUGUUUUAUAUUUUAAUAAAAAGUUCUUUUC